GUAUCCACACACCCUGGCCGCCCAACCGAAAUCCGCGGAGGCGCCUCCGCUGCCCUUGCACGGUGGCGGGAUCCCGGCGGGUGGGUCCUGCGCCUCCGCUCAGUACGCAGGCCAUUGUGCUCCUUCCCAGGCUGCCCAUGGAUGUGACUCCCCAUCCCUGGUCCAGCGAGUCCCACUAACGCGGCAGUGGCUGCUCAGUUGCCGGAAACAAAGGUGUCAAAAUGACUGAGCGUUUUGAUUGCCACCACUGCAGUGAGUCCCUGUUUGGAAAGAAAUACAUCCUGAGAGAAGAGGAUCCCUACUGUGUGAAGUGCUUUGAGAGCCUGUACUCCAACACAUGUGAGGAGUGCAAGAAACCCAUUGGCUGUGACUGCAAGGAUCUGUCCUACAAAGAUCGGCACUGGCAUGAGAGCUGCUUUCACUGCUUCCAAUGCAAGAACUCUCUGGUGGACAAGCCUUUCGCUGCCAAAGAUGAACAUCUCCUUUGUACUGAGUGUUACUCCAAUGAGUACUCUUCCAAAUGCUCGGAGUGCAAGAAGACAAUCAUGCCAGGUACCCGCAAGAUGGAGUACAGGGGCAAUAGCUGGCAUGAGACCUGCUUCAUCUGUCAUCGCUGCCAGCAACCAAUUGGAACUAAGAGCUUCAUUCCUAAGGAUGAUCAGAAUUUCUGUGUGCCCUGCUAUGAGAAGCAAUUUGCUAUGCAGUGUGUUCAAUGCAAGAAGGCCAUUACUACUGGAGGAGUCACUUACAGGGAACAACCUUGGCAUAAAGAGUGCUUUGUCUGCACUGCGUGCAAGAAGCAGCUGUCCGGACAACGUUUCACUUCUCGGGAUGAGGAUGCCUACUGCCUCAACUGCUUCUGUAAUUUAUAUGCCAAGAAGUGUGCUGGGUGCACCAACCCCAUCAGUGGACUUGGAGGAACAAAGUAUAUCUCUUUUGAAGAACGCCAGUGGCACAAUGACUGCUUCAACUGCAAGAAGUGUUCUCUGUCCUUAGUUGGACGUGGCUUCCUCACCGAGAGGGAUGAUAUCCUUUGCCCAGAGUGUGGAAAAGAUAUUUGAAGCUCAAAAACAAGGGGAAAGCUGUGCUUGCCAAAUACAUGCAUACAUAUAUAUAUAUAUUUUUUUUUCCUGAAAUAUGCCUAUGUUGUAUACUAGCUUUAAUGAGCCACACGCAGACUUUCUUUGUGGGUUUUGCAGUGGGCCUCACAUCUAUAAAACUUUUUUUCUCCUGGGUUGGACGUGUCCAGAGGAAAUAGCAAAUACUUUUUCUUCUAGCUAUAGCAAGGGAAGUGGUUCUGAAUUUGUGUAACUGAGGCAGGUCCAAGAGUGAAUAGAUAACCGAUCAAUAUGAGCUAAUUUUCUUUCUUUGAUUGAAUGAUUGAUGCAAAGAGAAAAUACGGUCAACGUAGGAUUUGAAAAUCUUUCCAAAACACGAGGGAAUGUCCUGGCUGAGGAUGGUGUUCGUUGACUGUGUAACCACAUGUGAUACAAGGUGUAGAGUAAAUUCUUGUGGUUUAGAAUGUGUAUAUGUCAGAACAAAACUUUGUGCCACACACAGUGUGAAAUGAUAAUUAAUCACUGAAGGCAGAAAUGUUAUGUAACAAGCACCUGCUGUGUUGCAUGAUUAGGUAAUUGACUGUGUCAGUGUUAACUGAAAUUGCAUCACGCCUUAUCUUUUUCAAAAUAAUAAAAAUUAUGUCAGCCAACAACGUCA